AUGAACAACGAGAGCGUCGGCUCGCUCCUAGCCGUCAUUGCGAACUCGAUCAACGAUGCGCUCCGAAUCAUGAUGUUCGCCGACAAGCAGGCGUGGGGUUCCGACGAGUUCGAGCAGCUGAGAAUACUGGAGGAGACCUUGGACGAAGCAAAGAAGGACUUUCAAACACUACCAUCGCUUAUCAAUGGCAGAGAAUACUAUGAGCAUGACAGGAAACCCGACUCCCUCGAGGAUCUACGAUUGCUCUGCACACGCUUUGGUUUCCAUGCGCUCAACUUCAAGGAGUGGGUACGAACCGGCGGACCCAUCGACCCAACCUGGGCACGCGAGACAAUAGAACUCCGGCGCGAACUCCAUCGGGCACAAUGUCGGGCGGCCAGGAGGAUAUUCAACUCGGAGCAGGAGACGACCACGCGAUGUCUGGGCGCCUUUCAGGUGUUCAGAGUGCAAAGGUCGCCGGAAAACCCGCAGCAGAGGAGUUUGGAAGAGCUGAUGGCCUGCAACGAAACUGGUAACUUCGAGCGCUUCGGCGAGGUCGAUAUAGCUUUCAUUUGCGACUUCUGCGACGGCUACAUAGUCUGGGAGGACCUGCGCGAGAUGCCUUCGUCGAGGACAGCAGCGCAGGAUCACACGGAGCCCACGAGCGCAACGAGUAUGACUCCAGGGCAGGACACGAACUGGCAAGCGGUAGGUUUUAAGUCCUCAGACGGCGAGGAAAAGACGGUCGUCUUCGCGCCGGUGGCUAUCGCGAACCACAUGCCACCCGAGCCUGGGGAGUGGCAGGCGAGGAUUCUUUGUCCGUUAUGCGACGACUACUACACGGAAGAACAAGGCGAGGAUGACAUGGACAGAAUCAAGUGGAACUUGGACGAGGGCGGUUUUGGAAACAUGGAAGAGUUCAGAGAGCAUCUUGAGUGGAGGCACUCGGCAAGUGCCUUGCCCGACACGAGUAAUUGUGUCGUGAUGUGA